AGGGUGGGUUCAUUAGCAUCACCAGAAAGCUCAGCUGCUGCUGUUCUGAGAAAGUAAUGUGUUUAGAUCUAAGCAUUCCAGGUCUUUAUCUCCAGUGGACAUACACAUGGUGCUGGCUCACGGUGGGAAUUGUGUUUUCCCUUGGGAUUCGCGAGCUCUACAAUUUAUCAUCGAAAGGCCAUUCUUCAUGUCUGAUCAUACUGUUGGCAAUAUUAAUUGCACAAAGGCUUAAAUUGUUGUUACCAAUUUGUCCUCAAUUGUCUUAAACAGAGAUGUUAAUUAAUUCCUUUCAGGGCUUACAUAGCAGAACUGGUGGCAGGAGGGAGCUGAGGAAUGUGAUACAGAAUGCGCCAGUGGAUUCGCACUGAAAAGAAAAUGGCUGUUCAUUCUUGAUUGAAAAAGAAUUGCGGGGAAGAGCUGAAGAUGUCCAAGAAAGGGCGUGGGAAGGCUGACAAGCCUGAAGCCCUUAUAGCUGCCUUACAAGCUGCUAAUGAAGAUCUUAGGACUAAACUGACCGAUAUACAAAUAGAACUUCACCAGGAGAAAUGUAAAGUUAGCAAACUUGAACGGGAAAAAGUGCAAGAGGUGAAACGCAUACGAGAACAGGAGCAACACAAGCACACAGCAAGCAUCACAGACUUAAAAAGCAAACUCCACGAGGAUAAAAUGAAAGAACUGCAGUCUGUCCGUGAGACGUUGAUAAAGCAACAUGACCAGGAGCUGUCUCGCACCAUCAAAAUCAAAGACCACGACAUUCAGCGGCUGAGGUCACUUGUGAAUGCGCUGCGAGAUGGCAGCAGUGACAAAGUAAGAACAGCGUUGUUUAAUGAGGCCCGGGAUGAGGCCAGGAAAAUGUUUGACUCCGAGCGCCUGAAACUGCUGCAGGAGCUAAGCGAACUGAAAUCAGCCAAGAAACAGGUGGAAGAGUCACUGAACAAUAUGAUCCAAGCAGAUAAGAUAAAGGCCGGAAACUUGAGGAGCGAACACCAGUCUCACCAAGAGGCCAUUGCCAAGAUCAAAUGGGAAUCUGAGAAGGAAAUCCGAAGGCUGAUGGAUGAAAUUAAAGCUAAAGAUCGAACAAUUUUCUCCCUGGAAAAAGAGUUAGAGGUGCAAACAGGUUACACACAGAAGCUUCAACUCCAGAAGGAGGCUCUGGACGAGCAAUUGUUCCUAGUGAAGGAAGCAGAGUGUAACAUGGGUGCGAGCAGCCCUAAACGUGAGGUUCCAGGCACAGAUCGCCCAGGCAGUCCGGAUCUGCGGAGGAAUCAACGCAAGAUUGCGGACCUGAACUCAACGAUUCGUAAACUAGAAGAUAGGAACACGCUGCUGGUAGACGAAAGGAAUGAACUCCUAAAGCGAAUUCGUGAAGCCGAGAAACAAUAUAAACCUCUACUGGAGAAGAACAAGUGCCUGUCUAAGAGAAAUGAUGAUUUAACUCAGUCUUUACAACGCAUGGAGGAGAAGCUCAAAGUACUUUCAAGAGAAAAUACAGAAAUGAAAGAGAAAAUCAGUUGUCACGCCCCAUUGAAGAAGUUACGUUCCUUGAACGAUCUUGACCAAGCCCAUGAAGAACAAGAAGUGGAAUUCUUAAAGCUUCAGGUUCUUGAACAGCAGAAUAUCAUCGAUGAUUUGACCAGGGAUCGAGAACGACUUCUUCGUCGCAAGAGGCACAAACGAAGUACAAAGCAUAUAAAGAGGCAUGUGGUAGAGACAUGUUUUGGAUUUGAUGAAGAAUCGAUGGAUUCAGAAACAUCGUCCUUGGCUUCCUACAGAACAGACAGGACACCAGCAACGCCAGAGGAUGAUUUGAAUGAAAGCCUGGCAGCUGAAGAAUCUGAGCUCCGUUUCAGGCAAUUGACAAGGGAAUACCAAGCACUCCAGAGAGCGUACGCACUACUGCAGGAGCAGACGGGAGGGAUCCUCGAUGCAGAACGGGAGGCAAAGGCUCAUGAACAAUUACAAGCAGAAGUUCUGAGGUGUAAAGCUAAAAUUGACGACCUUGAAAAGGCCUUAGCACAGAAAGGGCAGGAUUCAAAAUGGGUUGAAGAGAAGCAACUGUUUAUCAAAAGAAAUCAGGAACUUUUAGAAAAGAUUGAGAGACUGGACGCAGAGGUAGCCCAGUUGCAGCAAGAAAUUCAGGACUCUCGAGAUCAGAACGAGCUGUUGGAAUUCCGCAUUCUGGAACUCGAGGAGAGAGAGAGAAGAUCCCCUGCCUUUAACCUCCAGAUAACUCCUUUCUCAGAUGGUGUGAGUGCCCUUCAGAUCUACUGUAUGCAGGAAGGUGUGAAGGACGUCUCCAUUCAUGACCUCAUUAAACAGCUGGACAUACUGGGAGACAAUGGGAAUCUGAGAAAUGAGGAGCAAGUGGCAAUUAUCCAGGCGAGCACGGUACUGUCCCUGGCAGAAAAGUGGCUACAGCAGAUCGAAGGUACUGAGGCUGCACUACACCAGAAGAUGAUAGAUUUGGAGAUUGAGAUGGAUAUGUUCUGCAAACAAAAAGGUUACCUGGAGGAAGAGUUAGAUUAUAGGAAACAAGCCCUGGAUCAAGCAUACAUGCAUAUCCAGGAGCUGGAAGCCACCCUGUACAAUGCAUUACAGCAGGAUACAGUCAUUAAACUCGGCGAGUCACUGACUGAGAAGCAAAAGGACGACUUGCGAAUCGCUGUGGAGAAACUAAGACGUCAGAUGCUAAGAAAGAGCAGGGAAUAUGACUGCCAAAUCCUGCAGGAGAGAAUGGAACUCCUGCAACAAGCACAUCAGAGGAUACGGGAUCUGGAAGACAAAACCGACGUUCAGAAACGGCAAAUCAAAGAUCUGGAGGAAAAGGGUACUGGAUGGUUGACGCGCUUCCAUGUUAGUGAAGAAUUGACCUCGAAUCAUCCUACAGCUAGGACUAAUGGAAGUGAAGGAAAGCAGCCAAGUUUAUGCCUGCCAUUGCCUGCCUUCUUUUCCAGAACUAUCCAAGAUUCCUUUUGCUCAACUCUCCCGACUGAAGAAAAUCACAAGUUACAUUACCUGCUGCAAUUGACUGCACCUGCAUCACAAAUCAAGAGUAUUUUGAAGCCAAACAAUUCCACGUUAAUUGCAUUUAUACACAGAGAGAAGUGUCUUAGACAAAGAACCAAAGUGAAGAAAAACAACCUAUCCCUGCUGUGCAGGGGAACAUUAAAAUAUCAAACUCUCACUGCAUUCAGGACCCAAGGUGGAAAAUGACAAAGGGGAACAAUUUAGAAUUACGAAUUUGUAAUCGGAUUUCUCAGAGAAAAUCUUACAAGCAGUGAAGAAGAGUAGGAAAGAAACCAUACAGGGUUAAAGAACAUCAUAUAGAAUUACAGGGAUUCUAUUCAUUUCUUCAGCAACGGUAUCACUGACGAGGGCAUUUCUUGACCAAGAAAAAGUAUAAAAAGUCCUUUAGAAAGAAAGGCAGACUGUGCGAAGUUUGGGGCUUGUGUCCCCAAAGGGAAGUUAGUCGUAUCAGGAGAAGCUUUCCUGAAGACCUAGUCGUUGAGGAGCCGUGAUAACAUAUAUGUGAACUGUGGUGUAAGUUUACGAUGAUUCAAGAUCUGUCAAUCUAAAUCUUUCCCUCAUUGCUGCAAAUAUAUUAGCUCAUUCAUUAUUCCUUGUUCCCAACUUUUGAUUGAAGCUGGGCUGGAUGGGCAAACACACCAUCAAAGAUAAAAUCACUCCAUAUGCCUUUCACCACAUUGCAAUGAACUUGACAAGUAACCUACCACAGCCAUCCUCAUGUUCUUCCAAUUGAGUUGCUUCCUUUCCCAUAUUUCUGAUAUUACUUGCUGUAUCCAUGCAAACCAUUUUAUGUAUCACUACCAUGCUUCAUGGAGUGCAUGUUCAUCACUUACUGAUGUCUUUCCUGUUUUAAUAACCUUUUAGAGUUGUACAUGAGGAGCUUACUGUUUGGAUGAGAAGUGAAUUAGUUCUACUUCAAUGGUCCGACAUGCUCUCCCAUCCAUUGGAAUUAUGCUGAGUUUUUUUUUCUCUUAUCCACUAAUCUAUGAGCCCAAUACUUGAUUGUUGUGGUAUUAUCUUGUUAUUUCUUUACAUGUGGAGGAGAUAUGUCAUUCAGGAAGCAGAGAUCCUGAGGUGGGCCCACCCAUGUGUAUCCUGUGACUGGGGUGGUGUUUAUACAUGAAUUGAGCAGUCUGAGGAGGUAUAAUUUGCAGAUGCUCGGGAGACAACUUGUCAUAGUAACCCAGGUGGUUUGAAUAUGUGCGGCUGGGACAUUAAGAACAGACGAAUGUCUGACAAACCAUAAAGAAGUGGUCAAAGUUGUGCUGAAUUGAGGAACGAGAGAGUAGUGCAAUGAGAGAAAUGAUUUUGCCGCUCAUGUAUGUGAGAGCUUUCAUUAAGGCACAACAGCUGUGGAAAUGAAAGGCAUGCUUUAUAUAGCAGUCCUGGAUCCUAUUAAAAGUAGAGAUCACCUCCUUUUUUCCAGAUCUGAUCAUCUUGAUUGAUUUGAUUUAUUGUCACAUGUACCUAAGUACAGUGAAAACCUUUGUAUGCAAGCAGUACAGGCAGAUCAUAGUAAGCAAGGGCAUUAAGAUCAUAGGGUGCUUAGACACUUUGCUCCUCCUGUAUGUUUUAAGACUUUUCUUUCUUGAGCAUAGCUUUCUUGGUACUUGUAGUAUUUCAAAUCUAUCUCUAGUUUGUUUCCAUCUGCUUUUGUUUCUCCCGCUUCUUUUUAUUCAGGCCAAGGGAUGUUCAACACUAGUUCAGCUAAUAGUGGAAACUAGGCCUUGAGAAAAAGUAUUUCUUGAGCACAAGAAGAUUGGAUAGAUUAAAAAUGCAAGUGUUUUAGCAUAUUUUUAGCUAUGAGGCAGUCAGCCGGAACAUGCCUAUUAUCAAUAAUGCAAUGAGAUGAUAUUGUUCCAUGUUAGGCAACUGGUGUUGAGGGAGAUAAAGUGUUAAUGCUAUUCAGGACUUGAAAUUUAUUCAGGCAAACAAAUAUAGAAUUUUUUUUAACAUCUCUGUCCAGACAACUUGAAGAUGUAUAACCCAUUAUAAUUGCUUAGAUGGUCUCAGGUUACCAGGGGACUAAAUCUCUUUGGUAGUAAUGUCAGAGUAUCCACCUCUCUGCUGCUUUAGAACGGAGGGAUUGUGUUGCCAGAGAGGCUGGAGUGAGAAGUCUAAUAUGAUUUUCACAGCACCAGCAAUCAUGUUAGUGUGCAGGAUCAAGACAGUUGAAUUGCUAUUAAUAUGCUGAUUAUACAGCAGAUCAUCCUUGCAAUAUACACAAGUGUCGUGAAACGGUAAUAUGGUGUGAUGAAUGUUGUAUUUUUAUACUCCAGCAGAAAGUGGGAUAGGGUCACUGAUCCUGUCUGGAAGUUUACAGAAAGCAGAGACUCACAAAGCCAACAUAUAUAAAGGGCGAAGGGUUUAUUUCGAAAGGAAGCCUUGCCAAUGUGUUACUAUUGGAGUAUUUCUGAAGUGUGGUCACUGUUGUGAUGCAUGGAGAUGUGACAGGCAAUUUUCACUAAGCAGCGUCUUUCAAACAGCAGAGAGAAUUACCUGAUUUCAGGUAGUUUUAAUGAGGGGUAAACAUUGUCCAGGACACAGGAAAAAUCCCCCUUUCUUUUCUUUGAUGACACCAAUGUCCCUCUAAGAAUGCAGACUGGGUAUUGUUUUAACUUUUCUUCUGAUAGAUGUCACCGUCAGCAAAUUACUGUGUUCUGCUGAUUUUGGGGCAUUGUUUUAGGAGAAACAGGAAAAUCCUGCUGCUGCACUAACUAACGAUAGUUCCACCACCAACUUCUAUACCAACUGGCCGUUAUCCCACUGCUAUUUGUAGGUGCUUGUUUCGUGCAAAUUGGCUGCUGCGUUUCCUACAAAAAAUACUUUGUUGCUUGUAAAGUCAUUCAGAGGUUACGAACAGUGCUAAGGAAUUGCAAAUUCUGUAUAGCAGGUAACUUUAUAUCUAAUGUACUGUUUAUUGGCAGGCAAUGCAUUGCUUAAACAUUUUGAACUGAAAAGGAUAUCUGUGACGGAACUAAAAGUCAACUGCACGAGAGAAGUAAUGAAGGAAGUUAUUCUGAUUUUACAAAAUGAACUCACUUUCGGCAGCGGUGGUGAGCUGUUAGUGCUUGACUGGGUACUCAGAAAGCAAGUUUAUUGUCAAAUUUCUACCCAUGUCCUCAUUGCUUAAUCCAUUUCCCGCCUAACUGGUGUCAUGGUGUGAUAUGAGCCUCAGUUAUUCACAGUUUUUCCCCAGUUCCUUGAUCAGACAAGUGUGGUCAUGCUAAAUUGCCCAUCGUGUUCAGGGAUGCAUGGGCUACAUGGGUUAGCCUUGGGAAAUGCAGGGGAGUGUGUGGGGGUGGGGGUGGUUGGUGGGAUGCUCUUCGGAGGGUCGGUAUGUGGGCUGAAGGGCCUGCUUCAGCAUCGUAGGGAUUCUAUGGUUAUAUGAAACGCUUUCUGUCACAACUCAUCCACGUCCCACUCAUACUGAACCGUGCCCGGGAUUGUCAGCUGCUUCCCAGAAUUCCAGAUUUUCUCUGGCACACACCGCAGGACCAUCCUUUCCCUUCCUGGAGCAGAGCAACAUCCACCUCAGAGGCAGAUAGGAGUUAUGGUUUAAAGAUUCAGCUGGCAGUGUGUGACACACCCAAUGGCUCUGAGACAAUACUUGGAGAAGAACAAUGGACGAUAAAAUCUUUUUUAGGGCAUUAAAAGAAUUAUAUUUUCUUGAAAAUAUUUUCAUUUACCAAUGACUGGGUGGAGCUGUUAGAUGGCAUCUGAUGAAAUUUCUGGGACUGCGUCCAAUCAGAAGUUGGCAACCCUUAAUGAUCUGCCUGAGAAGGGAAAAUGUGAUAGAAAACUUUGAAAAGAAUGGUGCCUGAUUUCAUCCUCCAUCUGCUUCAUCUUGGAGCUGGCCUACGGACGAAAAUGUUUCAUAAUUGAACGUGCACUUCCGGAAUCUGUAAAUGCCUUCCCCUAGCCCCACCGCCAUCAGGUACUUCCAAUGAUGAAUGAGUUAAUACAUUCAGCAGAUGGGCUCCUGUGGCACGGUGGUAGAGUCCCUACCUCGGAGACAGGAGGCCCAAGUUUCAAGACCUGUCUGCUCUUGAGGUGUGAAAUACCAUCUCUGAACAGAUUGAUCUGGAACUAUCUACAUUCAGCAGGAGUUGGGUCAACAAUGAAAACUUGAAUAAGGAUAUGAUUUUGCAAAACUCACUGAAGUCAUUAAAAUGAUAGCUUGCAGAAACUCUACCACAGAUCCUCUGAAUAAUACCUGAGGGAUCUGUGACCAGAUGUAACAAAAUGUAUUAAUGUGUAGAGGAAUAUUAAUGCCAUGUUAUGUUUAUGAACGGUUAUUUUUUUAAUUUAUUAUCAGGAUACUAUUUAAACAAGCAAUUAGUUGGAGUUUGUAUAAAGAAAUAAAAUGAGUUUUUUCCUAUAA